UCCUGAUUAGACCCUAACUAUUCUGUCUUUGACUGUCUGCCUGUCUAUUUGUCUGUCAAUUACCUUUAUGUCUUUUAAGAAUUCCCUUCUAUUUUGAACACUUCACCAUGAUGCUGAGGUCCAAACUAAACUACUUUAUCUUACUUAAUUUUUACCUUACAAUCGUGGUAUUUGGCUAUCAAGAUCGUGGUUCUUUAUUUUCUCAAAUAUCCCAACAACCAACCACUAGUUUUCCAGUUACUGAAAAUGUAGAUCAUGCAAAAUUAUCUGAAAUAGAUGACUGUGGCCCUCCUCCUGAUCUUCAAUAUGGAGAGCUAAGAGAAUUUUAUAUGGACACCAACAAAUUCUCAAAAGACAACAUAGUGUAUUACAAAUGCCGUCCUGGCUAUGCACCUGUUCCCAACACCAAAACCUAUAUUACCUGCUUGGGAGCAUCGCAGUGGUCUUCACCAGACGUAUUCUGCAAUCCUGCAUGUGGACAACCCCCUGUAUUGGAAUACGGCGACCUUCAGGAAAACUUUGUGGAAGUAGCUUACUUUCCUGUGGGUGACAAGGUUUAUUAUAAAUGCAAGCCUGAUUACGUAUAUGUUCAAGGUGCCAAAACAGAUAUAACAUGCUUGGAGGAAUUAGAGUGGUCUGUUCCUGACAUAUUCUGCAAAUCCGCACCUACCUGUGGGCCUCCUCCUAGGCUACAAGAUUUAGAACCUAAGGAAGCGUACUUGAGUAGGACUUCAUUUGCCGUAAAGGAAAAAGUGGAAUUCCAGUGCCGCCCAGGCUACACUUUUUCUUUUUCUCGUUUUAGAAAUAUUGCUGCAUCUUGCGAAUCUAAUCUUGAAUGGUCUUUUUCUCAUCCUAGUUCCAACACGUUUUGCAAACGAAAAUCAUGUGGGAAUCCUGGAGAUAUUAUUAAUGGAGCUUAUGAAGCAGCCGACUUUACAUUUGGCUCCAAAGCAGUCUAUAAGUGUAAUAAUGGAUACAGAAUGUUGACAAAACGGAACUACAGAGAAUGCCUGGCAGAUGGACAAUGGAGUAACAUUACCCCUGAAUGUGAAGCUGUAAUCUGUGAAAACCCUUCGGCUCUAACCAACGGAUAUUAUAGUCCAGACAAAGAUCAAUAUGAGUAUCUGGACUCUGUGAAGUAUUCUUGCAACCAAGGCUUGGAAUUAAUCGGUGAAGCUUCUGUAUAUUGCACUAGUGAUGGAAACUGGAGUUCCAAUCCACCUGAAUGCAAAGUUGUGCGCUGCCCUGAACCUGGAAUUGUUCCCAAUAGCCGAAAGACAUCCGGAUUUUAUGGUUCAUAUAAACUGAAUUUUGUUGUGACAUAUGAAUGUCUUUCUGGUUAUCAAAUGGUUGGAUUCGCCAGUGUAAAAUGUAAUGUAAAUAAUGAGUGGGAACCUGCAUUGCCCAAGUGUCUAGGUAAAUGUUGGUCAUAUCCUCCAUCUUUAGAAUAUGCUGAGUUGGAUAAAAGCAUAUUUGGUAAGAUAUACCUUGAAGAUUCAGAAGUUUCUUACCGUUGCCGGGAAGGCUAUGAACCAGUUCCUGGCACAGAGCCUUCUAUUAAAUGUUUGGGCAAAAAAGGGUGGUCUACUCCUCAACGAUUCUGUACCUUGAGAUCAUGUGGAAAUCCAGGUGAAAUAGAAAAUGGUCAUAUGAAUGCAACCAAUAACUUUUUAUUCAAAUCCUAUGUAAUUUAUAAUUGCAGUAAAGGGUACAAAAUGAUAUCGAAUUCUAAAUUAUAUUGCCAAGCAGAUGGGACUUGGAGUAGUUCACCUCCUACGUGUAAAGAGAUUAUUUGUGCUACUCCUAGUAUUACUGAUGGAACAUACAGCCCGGAAAAGAUGAAAUAUUCUGAAAUGGAUUUAUUGACAUUUUCAUGCAAUGGCAAUUUGAAACUUAUUGGUGACCAUUCUUUACACUGUGUGUCUCCUGGAGUCUGGAAUUCUUCUGUUCCUGAGUGCCAAGCUGUGUGCGAUUCGCCUCCUGUCAUAGAGAAUACUGUCCUGGAAAUACAAUUAGCUGAUUCAAGCUACUUUGAUAUUAACGCAACUGUACAAUAUGUAUGCCAGCCUGGAUUCUCACAUAUUCCUAACACAAGCAACACAAUUACUUGUACCAACAACUUAACUUGGUCUACUCCUGAAACAUUUUGUCAAAGACGAUCAUGUGGGAAUCCUGGAGAGAUACCUAAUGCACAAAUGGAAGCAACAGACUUUUUAUUUGAAUCCAAUGUAUCCUACCAUUGUCUUACUGGGUAUAAACUGGCAACUAGCAUCAAUUUCAGAUACUGUCAGGCCAAUGGAAAUUGGAGUGAAAUUGUUCCUGCAUGCGAAGUUCAAACCUGUCCUGUUCCACAUACUGGGCCUAAAGAGUCUUACAGGCCCCAAAAGAAAAAAUACCAAUAUCAAGACUCUAUCUCAUACAAAUGUCAUGACGGUUUAAGCCUUUUUGGUAAAACAAGUCUAACUUGCACAGAACAUGGAAAAUGGAGCUCUUUUACUCCUCAUUGCAAAGAGUCUCAGUGUGAUAAAAUUUGGGCAGUACAGGAAGAAAUGAGGAAAUGUACUUCAACACCUGAUGACUGGAUCAAGUACCUGCAGAUUGAGUAUCUUCAUCUGCAGAUUGAGAAUCUCAAGCUGGACAUAGAGUGGAAGAAGAAGGGUCGAAAAUACUAAAUUGUGUAAAAUAUGACCAGUACAGAGAGGCUUUUGUAUACUAACAUGCAAUCAUUUUGAAAUAAGGCAAUAAUGAUUUACAACAAAUAAUACGCAUUUAUCAUGGUCUUCAAAAAGUGAAUAUUUAGAUUAUUAUAUGGUUAUGUUUAUAUUGAAUAAAUACAUGCUUUACUUUAA